AUGUUUCAGAUGAAGAGCCUGCUCCUCGUAGUACUAUUGGCAGUGGCAGCCUCAGCCGCCAUCGUCAGCCAGGACAUUGCUGAAGCCCCUGAAGCGGUCGUCGAGUAUGAAGAAGUUCUGUAUAUCGACGAAGCUGAAGUGGCUGAAAUUGAGGCUGGUAGCCGAAGUGUUGAGAUCGAAUCUCGUCGUAACCUUAGCGUGGGGACUAUUGGCAACAGCAGGCUGCUUGUCACAAGUCAACACAUCAGAGGCGCUAUCGCAAAUACAAUCAUCGUCCAGAACAUUACUUUUAAUUUCGCUGCCAGUAUCCGCAUAUCCGCAAUCCGAGUGACGCGAGUGGGAGCCUCUCAAAACGCCACCCCGUCCAUAGCUUCUGGAGGUCUGAACCGCAACUUUGUGACAAUCAGGCUUCAGUCAGCUAGAGGCCGCGGAUACAACUAUAGAAUCCAGAUCUACGGACCAGUAUCAGCAUUCACCUUUGACGAUGAUGAUGAUGAUGAUGAUGAGACUGAUGACGAUGAUCAGGCUGAAAACACCCUAUCGAAUCUUGACGAGACACCACAAUAUGAUGAAAUGGUGCUUAGGUUAUCACCAACGGAAAUGACGACCGAUAAUGAUGAAUUCGGUGAAUUAUUUAGGAAGGCAGGUAAAAAAGGAGUUAGUCGUAAUCUGUGCCUUGGGAUCAUCGGCGCAAAGGAUAUUCUAUUGUCCAAAUACCAACAUUGCAAAAGUCACGGUCAUAUACAUGCAGAUGAAGAUAUAUAUUUUCGCGGCCUGCCUUCCACUAAAAUAACUGCGGUUCGUGGAAGAUUGGUUUCAGGGAAGGCUAACGCAUCGGUGGUGUCGGGAGGGGUCGGGCAAAGUCACGUGUGCAUCAGACUUAGUUCUCCUAAAGGAUGUGGUUACAAGUAUUGCAUCGAGAUCUACGGAAAAAAGACAUGUACACCGUAAUUUUGUUAAAAUAUUUAUAUAAGGACAAGUUAUGUAC